AUGAAGGCAUAUCGAGCGCAACCGCAACGACCGAAUUCGGCGAUUGAUAAGGUAUUUGAAUACACCAACGCAGAAAAGGACUGGGAGAAUGCGGUGGAGAAUAUCACGUACGUUGAAAAGACUAAAUUGGGAAACGUAAUGGUGUAUGUCAAGUGGAAAAAUGGGUAUAAAUCAAUGCAUCAUUCGAGCGAAGUGAGCUCCAAAUGUCCACAAAAGUUAUUGGAUUAUUUCGAGAAAUACAGACAGUUUACACCGAUUGAGCGUAAAAGGAAAUAA